AUGAGCUCAGGCUAUUGGAGUGAGAUGAGCCACAGCAGCUGUGGGACCCAGCAGCCCCAAGAGAUACUGCAGUGCCAACCCCAGCAUUAUCCCUGCUACCAGUCAAGCCUCGGCCAGCAGGCUCCAGAAAAAAAUGUAGUAUAUGAACGAGUAAGGACCUACAGUGGGCCCAUGAACAAAGUGGUUCAGGCCUUGGACCCCAUCGGCUCACGGGAAACACUCUCCCCCCUCAAAACUGCCUCCUCCUGCCAAAAUUUGGUUUGGAGCGACCAAUCCCAGGAACUCCAUUCUCCUACUCUGAAAAUAUCUACUUGUGCACCAAGCAGUCUACAUGUAACCCAAAACACUGAACAGGAACUCCAUUCUCCACUUGUGAAAGUCACUACAUAUCCACAGACCACUGUUAGAAGAUACAUAGUACAAAAUCCUGAACAGGAACCACUCUCUCCAUUCCUAAGAGGAAACCGCUUCUUCCCAGGAAACAAUGUUAUUUACGAAAAAACAAUAAGAAAAGUGGAGAAGUUAAAUAUUGAUCAUGAAUGCUGUCCUCAGGUUCAAUGCCAUCAUUACGUUGUCCAACAACCUCAGAUCAUCCAUACUCCAUCCUGCCAACAAUCUCAAUCUAGCCAUCAAAUCCAAAGCAUCCUGGGAAGUGAUUCAAUUUCUACAAAUAUUGGGAAUGAACUGUGCCAUCAUCAUUCAAGUCAUACACAUGAUCAGGUGAUAAUUCAGGAUGAUGGCCCUGAAAAAUUGGAUCCCAAAUAUUUUGGAGAGUUGCUUGCCGAUCUAAGCCGUAAAAAUAUGGAUCUAUAUCGCUGCUUAUUAGAACAUUUGCAGAGAAUUGGAGGAAGCAAGCAGGACUUUGAGUCUACAGAUGAGUCAGAAGACAUUGAAUCAUUGAUUCCUAAAGGAUUGUCAGAGUUUACAAAACAGCAAAUUCGUUACAUUCUUCAGAUGAGGGGGAUAUCUGACAAGUCACUACGUCUAGUGUUAUCCACAUUCAGCAACAUACGGGAGGAGCUUGGACAUCUUCAAAAUGACUUGACAUCACUGGAAUAUGACAAGACAAAACUUGAGAAAGACCUGGCAUUCAAAGAAACACAAAUAAAAGAGUAUGAAGAACUCUUGGCAUCAGUGAGAGCAAAUAAUCGCCAACAGCAACAAGGACUUCAAACUUCAACUUCAAAAUGCCAGGCAUUGGAAGAAAACAAUCUCUCUCUUCGACAUAAAUUAUCAGAUAUGGAAUACAGAGUAAAAGAACUAGAAUACUGUAAACAUAAUUUGGAACAAGAAAGUAAAAAUCUUAGAAUACAGAUUUCUGAGACUUGCACAGGCCCAAUGCUACAAGCUAAAAUGGAUGAGAUUGGCAACCAUUAUAUGGAGAUGCUAAAAAACUUAAGAAUGGAAAAAGAUAGAGAAAUAUGCAAGCUAAGGACUCAGUUAAACCAGUACCAAAAAGAUGUUUCAAGAAGAGAAGGAAGUUGUAGUGACUUCCAAUUUAAGGUUCAUGAACUUACAAGCUUGUUGGAAGAGAAAGAUUCCCUUAUAAAGCGUCAGUCAGAGGAACUCUCAAAAUUGAGACAAGAAAUAUAUUCAUCUCAUAGCCAACUCUCCAGUGGUGGAAGGACUACUAUUACCACUAAAAAACACAGGACACAAUAUCCCAUCCUAGGCCUUCUGUAUGAUGACUAUGAAUAUAUACCACCAGGUAGUGACAUACAGACCAUUGUGAUUGAGAAAAAAGAAGACAAAUGGACUUAUGUAAGUUCACUUGGGGUUUUCUAG